CUGGCCCCGCCCCUUUGUACUCCUGCCUCAGCAGCAGGUUGUGUGCUUGCCGCUUGCCCUGGAGGAGCUGAGGGAUGCUGUUGAACACACCCUUUCCAACAGCUGUCUUUUCACAUCAGCGUUAACCAACAACCUGAAGAAUAUCCAAACCUUCACCCAAUAUGUGGCGUUGUACCGGCUGACCACAUCGGUGUGAGGUAUCUGUGAUGGCAGUGUCAACGAUGUGUCUGUCACUGGCUGCUGUGGUGGUUCUCCUCUCAGUGCUCCUGACAGGAUCAGCUGAUGCAGGGCCAGAGGUGGACCCUUACCAGAUCUUAGGAGUAACCAGAACUGCAAGCCAGGCUGAGAUCAAGAAGGUGUACAAACGCCUGGCUAAAGAGUGGCAUCCUGACAAGAACAAAAGUCCAGGGGCAGAAGACAUGUUCAUCAAGAUUACCAAAUCUUAUGAGAUCUUAUCCAAUGAGGACAAACGGGCCAAUUACGACCGCUAUGGGCAGACUGAUGACACCCAGCCAUACGGCAGUGGUCGCUACGGUCACCGCCAUGACAGCUUUUACUUUGAUGAGUCCUUCUUCAACUUUCCCUUCAACAGCAAGAAUCACAGAGACUUUGCAGACAGCAAAUAUACAUUGCACUUUAACCAGUACGUCAAUGAUGUGGUGCCUGACAGCUAUAAGAGACCGUAUCUGAUCAAGAUCACCUCAGACUGGUGCUUCAGCUGCAUCCACAUUGAGCCUGUCUGGAAAGAGGUGGUGCAGGAGAUGGAGUCUUUAGGUGUUGGAAUAGGCGUGGUGGAUGUUGGAUAUGAGAGACGGUUAGCCAAUCACCUCGGUGCACAUCGUACCCCUUCAAUACUUGGAGUCAUCAAUGGAAAAGUCACAUUUUUCCAUUAUGCUGUAGCAAAGGAGCACCUCAGGCAGUUUGUUGAAGAUCUUCUUCCUCAGAGGCUUGUGGAGCGGGUCACUGAUAAGAAUGACCAGCAGUUCUUGAACAGCUGGCAUGAGCUCAACAAGCCACAUGUGCUUCUGUUUGACCAAGUGCCUGCGGUUCCUCUACUAUACAAACUGACUGCAUUUGCCUAUAAGGACUACUUACAGUUUGGGUAUGUGGAUCAGGGACUGUCAGAAACUGCCAAUCUGCAGAAACAGUUCAAUAUUAACACCUACGCACCGACCAUGUUGGUUUUCAAAGAGAACAUAGACAAGCCAGCUGACAUCAUUCAGGCAAAAGGAUUGAAAAAACAAAUUAUUGAUGAGUUCAUGUCAAACAAUAAAUUUCUUCUUGCACCAAGGCUGGUCAAUCAGAAGCUCUUCGAUGAGCUUUGUCCUGUCAAACAGUUUCACCGACGGAGGAAAUACUGUGUCCUACUGAUCACAGGUGAUGAAGAGACUUUUACUUUUGGGAACCAGGCGUUUCUAUCAUUUGCAUCAACUAAUACCAAGGAAGUUGUAAGAUUUGCAUAUGUGUACCAGCGGCUCCAGCAGCCACUAUGUGACAUCCUUAUGCAGAGCAAGGACAGUGCUCAGUCCUCACCACAGGUGGUGAUCCUGGAGAGGCGUAAUACUGCGGGAAAGGUCUUCUUUAAGCCAGUGACAGCCUGGAACGGCAGCGAGGAAGACAAGCAGCAGCUUCUGGAGGAGUUGGAGCGGCUUCAGAAGGACCCAUCCAUUCUUGUCCACGAUGCCAUGCUACCUGAGCUCAACAAUGAGUUUGCCUCUAUGUUUAUAAUCAGAUGGAUCUAUGCGUCUUAUGAUUACCUCUCUGAAGUCAUUGAUGAUAUUCUACAUAACAACUGGCGUGAGAUGAUGCCUCUCCUGUCCCUUAUCUUCUCGGCCUUGUUCAUCUUGUUUGGGACUGUGGUCAUUCAGGCUUUCAGUGAUUCAAGUGAAGACAAACAGACAAAACCAAAGGCAAAAGAUGGAACAAAAGCAGAAAAUGGAUCAUCUGGGACCAGUGGCACAUCAAGUCGACCUCCCAAGAAGAGCUUUGUGGAGGUGACAGAGUUGACAGAUAUCACUUACAUGAGCAACCUGGUGAAGUUGAGGCCAGGACACAUGAACAUUGUCUUGGUGCUCUCUGAUGCAUCUAAAAAUAUUCUGCUUAGCAAAUUUGCCAAAGAGGUCUACUCCUUCACAGGGAGUCUGACGCUGCAUUUUUCCUUCCUGAAUAUUGACAAGCACAUUGAGUGGAUGAACACGCUGCUGGAAUACGCUCAGGAUGCCAUGCAGAUCGAUGCAGACGAGGAUGAUGGAGGCAACCACAAAAUGGACUACACCGGCUAUGUACUGGCACUGAAUGGCCACAAGAAGUACCUUUGCCUGUUUAAGCCUGUUUACACCGGGGAGGACCUUGACACUAAGUCAUCUGAGGAUGAAGGGGGCACCUCUGGUGGGAGGUCGAGGUCCAGCUCCCGUGAUGACCACCCACCACGGAAAUCCAACCGAUCUCGCAACAUAUCCACCCUGCAGAUCCACCACAAACUGGACCGCCUGGGGUUGUGGAUGGAAAGGCUCAUGGAAGGCACAUUGCCUCGCUAUUACAUCCCGGCCUGGCCAGGACUCGCCAAGAUCACGCCCAGUAAAUAGACUGAGGCGGGUCAGGAAGGACAGACAACGGCUUCUGCCCACGUUAGGCUAGAGCUGCCUUUUUUGCACUUGAAAUAUUCUAUAGCUACAAAAUUGGCUUUAGUGCAGCUACUGUGGGAGAGAUGUUUAGUGAGCUCAUCUUUAACACAUCGCAUGCUGUUCUCAGCUGUUCUUAGUCAUUUCUUUUAGGCAAAUGCUGCUGCUACAGCUUUGUGAACAAAAAACAACACUGUGGCCGCCUACCUUCAGGACCAUCAGUCAUGUUCACACACAUAUUCAAGAAAGGAGGCAGGACAUAUUCCUGGAACUACCUUAGUCUUUGAUGAUGAAUACUGUGAACAGAGAUGCAUGUCUCUACCACUAAAUGUUUUUUGCCUUUUUAUGCAUCUCUGCCCAGAUUUUAAAAUUAUUUCCUGAAUGCUGACUUGCUUGUGCAAUAUAGCGUACUGCUGUAAUGACAAUGCCUUUCACCCUGGACCCCAAAGGUUUCUCUGUGUUCUUCCUCAGUCAUUACAUUUAGAGAAGAUACUCACUCUGUUACAUGUAGAGGAUGUGGCAUAAAGGUUAAGUCACUAAAAACAAGAAUUACUAAGCAGCCUUGGUUUGUUUGACAACCUCAGUUAGCCAGUAGCUUUAUGUAGCAAACAGCCAGUCUAUUUCAUGUGUUGAGUGUUUUUCCAAAUGGCUGAGAUUGACUCAUGUAUUAGGUCACCUUCAACUACUGUAUGUAGACAAACACAAGCCAAGUCAAACUAUGUGUGUGCUUGCUUUUUAAUUAAUUUGUUUUGUCGAUAUGAAUUGUAAAAAUGUCCUUAAUAUAACUUUGUUGGUUCUACAGGAUGUAAAUAUUGUACAUUAUCAUGUUGGGAGGAGUAAUUUAUAUAGAGAUCGGUCUGUAACUGAAAAGAUAAGAUGAAUGUUUUACAAGAAUUUAUCAAACUGCUGGAGCUUUUCAGUAAGAAGUAAUUUUACAACAUAGUGUAAAUUAUGUCAACUACUAUCAUGUGUUUCAGUCUGAGUUCAAUAGUGUAUUUACUCUCUUGUUGGUUGUAAUAAAAGUGCUUUAUGUUUAUUAA